AUGAUCGGCAUGCCACAGCAUUUAAACAUCAGACCCGCUUCCUCUUGCUCUAAUAGAGCCGAUGAUGGAAGUUGGGCUGAUAUAUACGACAAGAUAUACAAUGGAGCGAUUGGAGGCGGAUUGGAACGGCCUGGGGUCACAGCUUCCGGAGGCGUGGCCUGCUGCUUCAAUCGCGAUCGCUAUCGCAGCGACCACUUCGGCCGCAGCGGCCCACCCAACGCUGUCGUCACGGAACUUCCCAAGCGCGAUCUAUUCUUCGCUUCUAUAAUGGGAAGUAGAUUAAGAUACAUGUUCUCAAGAUCAGUCGACUCGUUACAUAAUUCAUCGGGGACGGGCAGCGGGCUUUGGCGUGCCGUCGUGUUUCUGACUGCGAAUUGGCAAUAA